AUGAAAAGUUUAAUUUAUUUUUCAUUUUGUUUUUCAUUUAUUAAUUCAAUUCCUAUUCCAAAUGGUUUAAUCGGUUAGUUUAAAUUCAUUUUUUUCAAAAAUAAUUUAUGUUGGAAAAUUUUGAGAAAAAACAUCUGAAAAUUUCUGAUUGAGAAAAUAUCAAAGUAGUAACUUUUCAAUUUUUCUCUGAAAUAAUCUUUUAUACAAUUUUUCUACCAAUAAAAUUUCAAAAAAAAAUUCAGAUAAAUAAAAUAAUUUCACUUACAGAAACAAAAUUUCCAGGGUUACUGUAACUCAGAAGAAUUCGGAACUUUUGGUUACUGUAAUUAGUUUCAGAGACAAAAUAUUUUGAAUUCGAAAAAUUUAUGUCGAAAAUCACAAAUUUUCGGAAUUUUUAAAAACCUCGAUAAGAUUCAAAGUAUCAGAAAAUCAUAAAGUAAAAGAUUUGUUUAAAUUUAUUUUUGUAAAUCUGUGAUCCACAUUUAUAUUUUUCAUUUUUAUUUUGAGCUCUAAUUAAAAAUUUUUUGUGGAUCAAGUUUUGAUAUUGAAAAAAAAAACCAGAUUGAGAAAAGUUUACUCUAGUUUCAAGUGAUUUUUUCCCUUCUCGAGAAAAAAAGAAUUCUCUUAAAAUUUUCAAGCUCACAAAUUUAAUUUUCUUUUCCUCUCUUGAAAACAGUCAAAUCAAUAUUCCCCUGCUAAAACCAAAAAAACGAAAGUAUAACAAAAGGAGUAGAUAUUAUGUAAUUUAUAGAUCAAUGGCAGAUUAAUCGAAAAAAAAAAGAGAAUCAUACAAAUAAAAACAUAAUAAUAAUAAGAAGAAAAAAGAACAAGUUUACUAAUAUAUCUCUUUUAUUUUGAAAAAAAAUGAAAUCUUUUGAAGGGAUAUUUUUAGGUUGAAAAAUUCGAAAAAAAAUUGAUUUUUCAGGAAAUGUCGAAGUUGAAUGUAGCGAUACAACAAUUGAAGCUGUAUUUCUGACAGAAGCACCAUUUUUGGGUCGAGUUUUUGUAUUGGGACAUUCAACUGAUCCAGAAUGUGUUUCACAUGAAACUGGAAGAAGAACAACAUCGAUUACUGUACCAAGAGAUAAAUGUGGAGUUGAAACUGUUAAACAUGUUAGUUUCAUUUUUAUUUUGUUCGAAAAAAUGAUUUUUCAAUUUUUGCAGGCAAAUGGUGUUGGAUAUACAUCAUCUGUUAAUAUUGUUAUAUCAUUCCAUGACAAAUUUUUAACAAAAGUUGAUCGAGCUUAUAAUAUAACUUGUCUUUUUGCACCAACUGGAGAUGUUGUAUCAUAUGCAUUAACUGUUGAACCAUCGGUUAGUCAAAAACUGUUUUUUUUUUGGAAAAAUACUUCGUUUCAGAUUUUGAAAGACAUUCAAGUUUUGGCUGAUCAACCAACUUGUGAAUACGAAGUUUUUGAUGUUCGAACUCGUCGACCUGCCGAUGUUGUUCAUGUAAAUGCACCUUUAGAACAUGUUUGGACUUGUGAUGGAGCAAAUUUAGAUUUAUUCUGUAUGCGAGUACACGAUUGUAUUAUAAAUGAGGGAAAAUCUCGAAGAAAAUCAAAAAUUAUUGAUUCAAAUGGGUGAGUUUUUUUUUAUGUGGAAAAUUCGGAAUUCAAAAAAAUUUAGAUGAAUUCCGAAUCAAUUUUUAGAAAAAGACAUUUGUAGACAAUUUCCACCAGCCAUCUGUAUUACUGUGGAAAACUGACAAAUUUAAUUUUUUUCAAACACAUUUUAUUUUCAGAUGUUCUUUGGAUACUUCAAGACUUCCUAAUUUGGUAUAUGAUAAUUCAAAACUUUCUGCUCGAGUUAUGUCGAAAGCUUUUCGAUUUGGAAAUGAUGUUGCAGUUGAAUUUGAAUGUAAUGUUCAAUUAGAUCUACGAAAUGGAACAUCUUGUCCUCGUCCGCGAUGCUAA